GAAACAACCCGAGCUGUUUCUUCGGUUCUUUUUAUCAGCAUGGCGGAUUAAUAAUCGUACCGUAGUGUCAUGCGUGAUCCAGAUAAGCGUCUUGGUACGAUCGAAAUCAUCCAUCGGCUGAGAAAAGCUCGAAGCUCACAACGAAUAAAUUUCCAUAAAGAAUAAUUUGCCAUAAAGAACACCACAAAAUAUUGAUUGCAACAAGACGAACGAAACCAACCAAGAGAUGACACUGGCGAUUCAAGUGAGUACGAAAACCGAAACCCCGGGAGAUAGCUAUGACGAAAGCAAACUCUUUAAUAGCUCGUGUCCUUCGAAGAGUGGUCAAGAAGAGAACAACAACGAAGUCUGCAAGUAUACGAAAGCAGAAUCAUCCAUUUCGCGUCUUCGCAAUACCACAGCUUCUGUCGCCGACGCCCUGCUAAAGCUCGGGGGCUCCCAAGAYGAUGUCGAACCGACUCUUUCUAAUCCUCUCAAGAGAAAGCGCUCUUUAUUUGUCCUCGGGGAGAGGAAGUUUACUACCUACGUCAAAGAUGCUGCCAGCACCGUGUCCGAAACGGAUACCGAAUCCACUGAUCACUUCUCGAAACGCUUCAGGAACGACGGGUGCGAACAGCGGCGUGCCCCAUCCGAUUUCAAGCUGAAUCUUCCUCUUUCACUAUCGAUUCCAAGAACAAAUGGAACCGGCAACGAAGUAGACGAUGCGCUUACUUUUUCAACAUCAGAAUUCCAGCUUCCGCUCCAAGAUUUCAAUGAACGAAAAUGUCCGGGAGAACUCGGGCCAAUCUCGUCUACCCUUCAGGAUUUUCGGCCCCUACGAGCCCGCCCACACAUGCCAACUUUUAUUGUCCCCGAACAUCCUCCUCCGCCACAGCAAAACUACUACUCGCCGCAACUAUUACCAAGUGAUAGUCCUAUGAUGACUUCCGUUGUUGCGGCAGACGAGGGAUGUUUCGUCUUGCAUUCCUACACCAUAGUUCCAAGGCAAAACCUACAUCCGACCCCACUUCCACUAAUGACGAAUGCUCCUUAUCCUUGUUAUAGGUAGCGAUAGAAAGUCGUUGUACAUAAGCAGCAGGACGAAUCAUCGAGGAAAGAAGAAUUUCCCCUUAUUCUUUGCGCUUUCUUCUAAGCAGACAUCGAACAAACAAGCUAUAACAAGCGAAGCUAAAAGCGCGAACGCAUCGUCCGAGAAGCAACUAUUCAAGUAUCCAAAAGAAGUUUUUUUUGCAUAGCAGAUUUUGAAAACAUUUUCACACAAUCUUUUUGAUGAACAAGAAACAAUAGUUUUUCACGAACUCCAUUUUCACAAUAAUAUAUAAUUUAUUAA